AAUAAUGUGGAGUAUUCGAAAUUUGCUGCAAACUAUAAUUCAUUUUGACAUCUAAAUCAACACUUUCGCAUGGAUCUGAAAGCUCUUCUGCUGAAUUCCAUUUCGAGUAAACGGCCGCUGCUAUUCAACAGGCGCAUGCACAUCGGGAAAUGCUGUUAUUCCGUCACCUAUGAAGUCGACGGUAAAAUGCUAAACGUUAUUCGCAUCAGGCAAGUUUACGCCAAAGUCCCAUUACAAAUGCGUCUGCAACGACGCCAACGCUUUUUGCAAAAAUUGAAGAGCAACUCAACGAUUUGCGCCAAUGCAAAUAUCCAUACAAACAAUUCGCUGGCACGUAUUGUUAUACCCGAGCUUGCCGAUUGCGCUACUCAAACAACGAAACCGCAAAUGCGCAGUCGCACCACCGAAACCGAAGCGCAGGUUCCUUCAGUGCACCAUCAACAGCAAACCAUACGACGUGCACUGCGCAAGCAGAGCACACAAACCGAUCUUAACUCUCAAUGUCAAUGCGUUCAGACCGAGCGUCGAAUGGGAACGCGUGGCACUCAGACGAACGAAAGUAGCGCGGAAACGUCGUCAUCGCAAACCGAGAAUUUUUGCUUCAACAAUCAGGUGCAAACGGAACCAGUAGAGGAGGACAACCAAUGUGCAGAUCACGAAAAGGAGGCGUUGGUGUUUAUGUUAAAUGAAAUUGGCGAAAUGAUUAUCAAUCAGAAUCAUUUGCUGCAGAACAACUCGACCAUGCUGAGCCAGAUAUCGGAGAUGGCGAUAUUGAGUAAGGUGGCGGCACGGCAGAAAAACAUCAAACAGCUCGAUAAACAAUACAAAUUGCUUCGUUUCCACCGAAAGCCUGGUAGAUAUCGGAUUGGCAUGCAGCCAAUACAACAGAAACUGCCACCAGUAAAUACGAGGAGCCAAUGGGCACAAACCAUUUAUCCAAUAGGACUCUCGAGCAAAACGACGCAGACGCGUCAAGAAUCGCGGCGGCGUAGACGUUUUAGAGUUUUUUGUUUAUAAGUAUAACUAAAUUAUAAUUAUUUUAAAUUAUCAAUUUUCUGUAGAGGUCUAGGGUACUUAAUUUCGAAAGAAACAACUAA